AUGUCGCGGGAGGGGCCUGAGGGUCCCCGAACCGGCGCAGCUGGGCCGUGCGCGGGGGCCAGCGCUGGUCCCCGCUCCUCGCUGCUCUUCGCCUCGCUGGACGCCGCCGUGGAGGGGCUGCAGCAGCGGGCGCAGGACGCGCUCAGCCGCAUCAACAGGCGCGAGGAAGCGCACACGGAGCUGAGCGCCGUCAGGAACAGCCUGCUGCUGAAGGUCUCGGAGCUGGCGGAGCAGCUGGAGGAGCGGCUCUUCCACCGCUACGGCUUCCACAACGAGCUGAUCCAGGAGCGGCUGCGGGCGCUCGGCGAGGUGCUGGAACGCGUGGAGGAGGUGCAGGCGGAGCUGCGCCGCAUCUGCUGCACCGUGGAGGCAGCUUAUCAGGAGCUCUGCCUGCAGCCCGAGGACUGAGGGGCACCCCCAGACCCGAGCGGGACCCCCAAACCCACCGGGCUGGGCCGGGCUUUGCAAAGGGGCGUUUUGGCCCCAAAGGGCUUUGCUGUUGCUGUUGCUUUUGCUGUUUGGAACAAAUAAAGGGCUGAAGCCGACCAAAA